AUGCCACCAGCAGAAAAACACUGGACUCUUGAGGGCACGAGCAAAAAUAAAAUAAUCAUUGAACAUAAUUUGAAAAAAAGACGAAGACGACAAAAAAUUAUGAAUAGAAAUAAACAGAUUCUAACUACAUAUACCACAAAAGCACCGCAUCUAUUUAAGCAAAAAAUGAAACGAAUAAAGCAGAUCAUGAUUAAAAUGUGUAAAAAAACAAAUUCUUGCAAGAAUCGGGGCAGAGAGAAACAUGGUAAGAGCAGCACUGAUGGCAAAAGCGAACAAGAAAUGAACAAGAAAAGCUCCAGAGAGGAAGACGACGAGCGACCGACAGCCACCAAACCCCACAUGGUGUCCGUCUCACAUCACAUCGUCCUCUCUACGUCCAUUCGCAAAAAAUAUCAACUAAAUCCCGACAAAAAAAUUUCGAUGGUAAUCGAGGAAGAAGGGAACGAAGGAGCUGGACCGACGAUCUUCAUGCUCGUCUUCAUCGUGGCAGCCAUCGUCGGAGGCUACAUCGCCUACAAAAAGUUCUGCAACAAAAGUAACGAGGCUGGGACAACGGAUGUCAAAAAAUCCCACAAGUCGGCCAACGACGAAACAUUAACCAAUCAAAGCAUCGAUAGCGAGGUGUUGAGGCCCGCAAAAAAAUUAAAAAAGUUUAAAAAAAGAGGUAAAUCAAGAAUCAAAUUUUCCAAGAUGAUAGUGCCGAAGAAAAAAAACGAAAAAGAGUACGUUGUGAAGAAUUUUGAGCCAGAUAAAAAAGGCGUCAUGAAGAAAGUUAAAUUGAAAGUUAAAAAAUGA